GACAUUUGUGGACAUGUUUAUAUCCGCCAUGUGCAGGCUCACGCGCUGCACAACAGAUGACGCGUCUAUUGUUGUCAGAGCGGGUUUAUUAAAGGUUUUUUUUUUUGGCUUUGUGUGUUCCUUAGCGGUUGUAGUGUUUGCUGUGGAGGCUGUGAGUGUAAAGUGCAGGGUGCUGGGUGCUGGUCAGGUGGCGUGUUUGUGGCUUGUGUGUGGUGUGUAUGUGCUGCUGCUGCUGCUGCUGCUACGAGCGGGGAUAGACAGGCAGUAUGGCGGAGCAGGGCACUGGGUACGACCUGAAGAGGCUGGAACAACAACUACAGACUUUGUUCAGCCGUUUCACGUACAACGACUUACAGGCCGAUAGCAAACCUUUCUGCUCGAGCUUUUGCAAGCUGGUGGAAUAUUAUGCAUCGCGCUGGAAGGUGCCACUGCCACAGCUCAGGAUCCUGGAGAGGGCCCUCUGCUGCUUCACCCAGGCGUCUGUGUUCUUCACAGUGAACUGUGAUCAUGUGCUCCGUACACUCAGCAGUCUUGCCUUAAGUAUUUUUGAGUUGCUGCUUUUCUUUGACCAGAAGGACUUUGAUCAGGAUCCUUUAAAAAAGAUCACAGUUACAUUCCAGGAAUGCUGCUCAGCCCUUGCGAAAUAUCAGAAUGUUCACUUGCUUCAAGUGGAGCGAUUACUUAGAGCUGGUGGGCCUUGGGCAAGCCAAACUUUACAUGGCAUUCUCAGAGAAUCUAUUUUACCUCAGACAGAAGUGGAGGAAUGCAUCAGCUCUGAGCCUCCUGUUUUCUUUGAGCUGCGAGUGCGUUACCUUCUGUCCUGUCAGCGGCUUCCUGAGGCUCAGGCCCUGGCCAAGUGUUGUGCUCAGCAUCCCUCAGUCGGGCAGCACUUGUUCUUCUACCAGGUCUACCUCACCGGGCUUUACAAAACAGCGCAACAUGAGUGCCUACUCGAGGAGUUGGUGGACUUCAGCGGGAAAGACGCAGUGCAUUUCCUGUGUAGUUUGGAGAGUGAAGAAAAUGAUGAGCUGCUACUGGACUUCAGCAGAGCAUUUCUCUCUCUACAGCUGUGCAGAGGAGACAUGUACUUUUUGUGUGACUUGGUUUCUAUAUGGGGCCGACUUCACAGUCGAUUAAAAACAUCAAAAGAAGUUCUUCUUGAAGAGUGUGAACAGCUGAUUUUAUCUGCCACCAAUGUCAACGCUAUUUUUCCAUUCAUUCGAGCCAUAAUACAUGAGUUGAGUGAAGGUGGUGUACAGUUCUGUGUGGAGCUUUGUGCCAACGCCCUGCGGUCUUGCCUUCCCUGUGAUGUCAUCACAAAGUCUCUGAUUUACAAAACCAUGGCGAGCCUCGUGCCCAAUGACCUGGAGAUCUGCCGUGCUUGUGCCCUCCUCGUCUUCUUUCUGGAACGCUCUGUCGAGGCCUAUAAGAUGGUGUACAUUUUAUAUAUGCAUCCUGAUCAGGAAUAUCAUGUGGACUGCUGUCCCAUUGGAAAUCGUGUUCGCUUUGAAACACUGCAGGCUCUGAAGAAGGACUUAUACUUUGACCCGGAGUUCUGGAACCUCAUUGCUUUACGGACAAAUUGUUUGAAACUUAUGAAUGAGAAAGUGUUGAGUGCUGCUCUAGAAGAAAUCAUGGAAGAAAAGUGGGUCCCUAGCUACUGCCGCAAAGAGAACAGCUCUUCAUCAGGCAAAUCAAAAUCCACCAAGGAAAAUGCAGGGGCCAAGAAAAAGAGACCAUAUAAAGGAGAACAACAAAAUCACAAGGAUGCAAAAGAUAAAGCACCUGCAAGGAAAGUAGGAAGACCUCGAUUGAAUAAACACCUCCCCCUGAAAAAGAAGGGAAACCAAGGUCCAAAACAAUGGAAGGAUGCGUCUUCAGAACCGAUGCGCCGCUCCUCGUUUUGGCAGCUGGACAGACUACAUCACAGCAGAGCUUUGGAUUACUGGGACAACAGACGUACCACACGACUUUCUGAGAGAGUCCCAGCCAAACGCAUGAUCAGGACUCCAAAAUGGCUUCUGGAAGACUCAGGAACUUUAGAUAAAAACUCUCCUCUAUUAAUGAGAAGGCAGUACUCAAGUUUACCAUACUUGCCUCUUAGAAGGAGGAAUGCAGUAGUCAAGAACAACACAAAACAGAAACUGAAAUCCGAAAUAAAAUUGGAAACUGAGAAGAAACAACAAAAAGAAGUGCCAUCGGACUCCCAAACUGACUCCAAUGCUCCACAGGUGGUUUUGGAGCUGUCGUUGCCAGAUAAUGAACUACUGGGUACAUUUAACGAUGAACCUUGCAACAGACAGAGAUGCCUGCCCCAAAGGUUGUUUUACAAGCAGACUCUCAAAGUUCUCUCAGAAUCUUUGCCGGAAAAAGCCAGCUAUAGAGAUGACCUUGUACUCAAAGCACAAAACGCAACCUCUUUUGUUCAAAUGCUACACUCUUACGCCCGCAAACCAAAAGGUAAAAAGAUCUGGACAAAAACUCAAGGCUCGUCCUCAACAAUAACACGUUCUUCAGGACAACUGGACGGCUCAAAUAAGGAGCAGCUCAGCGACAAACCCACAGUGGAGAUGAAAGUCACCAUCUCAUCCCAAACGCCACAAGUGACAGAUAAAAUUCUUAGGUACUCUGGAGAUAAACAGGAACCGCAUGAAAAGACUGCCAUAACAAAAGACACAGAGACGGCUGUUGAACCCAAAAUCACUCGGUUGGCUUCAUUGGCAGCAACUAGUGCGGAGUCUGCCAUUGAGGGGGAGGUCAAAGUUGACGCUAAGAACAGUCACUCCCCAAGACUGGAGGAAAUGUCUUGUACAGAACAUAUUUCAAACACAAACUCAGAUAUGCCAGCACCUGAGAAGGAGAGAGAUCAAAUUAGCAGUCCUCCUACUCCUCCCACCGCCACCAAAGAUGAGCCAACACCCCAGGGUUCUGUUGUUACAAAUCAGGUAGUAAAUGCAACACCAAACACGGAUGACUUGACUUCAACAGAAAAUAGUCCGGUACCAAAAGGUAAACCCACUGUGGAAGAUGACAGCGUGUCUAAAUCCGAAGGGAAAAAUAUUAUCACUCAAACAAUUAUUGACAAAGCAAACGACUUGCCUUCUGAACCAGUUCAAAUUGAGAACAAAACAGAAAAUCUGCAAAGCCCAAAGGAGGACCUUAAAGAGACAGUGGAAGUUACCAGUGCCCAUACAGAGUCUAAAAUUGAGAAGGAUAAUCCAGAUAAGCCAACUUCCGCUUCUCCUUCAAACACAGCCUGGGAUGAUGACGGUUUUGAUCCCACGGAGCCACAGCCAGAGUGUGAAGAAUCCAAACUGGAAUUCUGUUGCCACUUCUGUCACAAAGACGUCAAAGGUCGUCAUUUAGUAGCGCACGCCAUGUUUCACUAUCGCAAAGAUGAGUGCAUGUUCUGCGGGGUGACUUUCAAAAACAACCUCAAAGCGAUGAUCCACCUGUCCAAUCACCUGGAGAGGCUGAAGAAGCUCCAAAACCCCACUGCUGCCAAGUCACCGGAUAAACCCAGGACCAAAGAUAAACGAAAACAUAAAACGGGGAAUGUUAAAAUAUCUGGCAAAAUCAAAACUGCAUUGAAUGAGAAAAGAAGGGGGAAGGAAAGAAAACCAAUCCCGCCAGUCAGAAAACUAAGAUCUGGCUAUAAGUUUAGACAUACUACGCAACAAGAAGACGUGAUGACUAAAGCCCCAAUACAUAAAGUGAAUGGUCAUAUUGGAAGGAGGAAAGACAAUGACAGAAUAACAAACAGUUUAAUUACAAAAACCAGGCUGCGACGAAGAAGUAAUGAAAUUGAUCAAAAUAUUGAAAGUGAGCGUUGUGCGGUUGUGCCUGUUAAAGUAGAGAAAGAGGAGCCUGUGAUGAUUUCAUCUGAACUGAAAUGUAAGGAAAAGAAGAAAUCUAAAAUUAAUAAGCAGUCGGAAAUCAACAAAAACAUUGAUUCUCGGGGUAAAUUGUGCUGCCCAGUGGAUGGAUGCCACUGGUUCACAGUUAAAAACCAAGUAGCACUUUUUGUACAGCACUCUUUGGAGGACCACCACGCCGACGCAGCACCUCUGGAGUUGGCUUUUCAUAUGUCCAACAACAAGUGUAGCAUUUGUAAACGAGUAUUGUACAGCUUUGAGCAUUUCCAGCAUCACGUGGAAAGACACCGAUUCAUGCCGCGUCAUCCUUGUCCUCAUAAAGGGUGCGUUGCCAGGUUUAAAACUACAUUCGAGAUGAGAAGACACGCGAGAAAGCACAACCCACUGCAGGCGAUGUGCUGCCUCCCCGGCUGUCCCAAGCUCUUUAUUUGUCUAUGGCAACUCAUCCUCCACGAGAAGGACCACUACUCCAAAAGAUCGAAAGCCACGCAAAAGGAAAAGCUGGAAAGGACACACGAGAAACGAGAAGAUAGAGCUAAAAAGAACGCUAGGUUGAAUAAAAAUGUUUCUUCCGUUUCCAUCGGCAAAUCAAGUUCUAAUGAGGCGAAUAAGGCAAAAGAUUCCACUGUUCACAAAAAGAAGUUAUCUGCACAAUCAGCUGCUGCUACAAGGUUGUUGCAAAAGUUAAGAAAAAGGCAAAUUAUCAAAAAUAACUUGGCGAACAACCAGAAAAUGACUCACAAAAUCGUGUCGUCAGUUGGAAAACCAAAUCACAAAUUGCGUUGCUCGUUACAAAAUAAGGGAUCCCAGUCAAAACAAUGCUUAAGUGGUAAAGUGCUUCCUCCUAGACAAGCGAAGAGCUGCCUUCACAGUAGUGACAAAAGCAUUCAACCAGAGAAAGAAUUAAAAACGGCAAUAGUCCAUAAACGAAAAGAAGAGGGUGAGAAAAAUACAGCUGGAAUCAAAACUAGACCAAAAGUAAAAGCUGACAAGCCUCAAAGUGGUGCAAAGAUCUGCUCAACUGGAAAGAUUUUGAAAAGAGAAAUGCUUUUACCAAACUCUGAAAUGAUAAAAUCUGCUGGAAAGGUUGAACUGGCAACUCCUGUCAUGGAGGAAAAUGAAAAUAUGGAUACCCCCGACACAAAUAAUGCCAUGGCAACAAUCAGUGAUAUCAUGAGUUCAAAUGGCAUUUCAGAAAAUAUAGAGACUCCCAAAAUUGCAGAGAUUGAUAAAAUGUCAAAAACCGCAACUGAUGAAUCAAAAGGAGUUGUUGAAAAUGUGAAUGAAGUAAUGGAGAUUGAACAUGGACCAGUUGUGGAAAAUGAGGCAGAAACAAAAAUGACAGAGACCUCGCUAUUCAAAGUUGAAAAAUUUGAGCGAGAAUUGGCAGCAGAUUUUGAAAAUUCAGAGCUGAGGGAAUCAAAAAUGAGCACAACAGAUUGUUCAGAAAUUGGACCUAUAAACCACUCAACUGUUGUAAAUCCAGAUGAUGUGAAUGAAGCAAUGCCAGGAAAAGAUACUGAAGAGAAUUCCAACAUGGCUGACACAAUUUCCUCUUCAAAAAUCCCCAUUAAUCCUCCCGUUGUGACGCCCAUAGAACAAAAUGUAGCAUCUCCACAAAACGCUGGUGGAGGAGAGUUGAGGCUUGAAACUACUGACAAUGCCACUGAGCCGCCCGCUGUUAGAACUAAAGCAGAAUGCAUGCCAGAUUCAAGUGAAGAAAACGUUCUCGCAAAAAUGGCCGAUGCAUCGAUGGGUAGUAAUAAUGACACCGCAUUUGAAAACAUGAUAGAGCUAAUGAACUGUGAGCAACCAGCUGCCGAUAAAAUUGUGGACAGUACAGAUACGGCAACAAACGAGAAUACCCAAUCUUCUGCUAUCACCUCACAGAUUGAAAAAGUUGAGCUCAAACAGAUCUCAGCCCAAACUACAAAUGAAUCUGCGAACACAGCCAACAGUCCGAAUGAGAAAUCUGCGGAGGGUGAGAAGCGAAAGCUAAAAUUGGGCAACAAAAAUGACAUUUUAUCUGCACUUAAAACUCUGGUCAAAUCCAAAAGGGACAAAAGUGAUCAUGAGGGUAAAGAUAGUCCACCAAAAAGAAAAAACGAACUUGGGAAUGAUUCGGCGUCUAAAAAGUUUAAAUCGGAUGCCCAAACGGAGGAGGUCGGAGCAGCGUCAGUUGAAUCAAGUUCCACGAGUGAAGGGAACAAAGUGGAAACGACAGACUCUGCACCUGCUGCUAAUAAUGCAAAUGAAACACAAAAAGAGAGAGACAAAGUUGUUAAAAUUAGACGGAAAAAUAAAGUGGAUCUCAAAAUGAAAUCCGCUUUGACAAACAAGAAAGUUUUGAAAAGGCAAACCAAACUUAAGAAGACGCCUCAAAAUGCUAUAAAACAUGAUAAACCCUCUAAGAAAAUUAAAAGGGACAAGUCCAAAUCUGAAACUAAAACUGUCAAACCAAAAUCAGUAUCUCGUAAAGUUUUGUCGAAAACACUUUCGAGCUCGAAUGAAAUCAACGGUGAACUUGUGCCUCCCGAAGGAAACUGCGAAGCAAGUAAUAAGCAAGAUGGCAGUGAUACGAAUGUGAAUACAAACACGUAUACUGAUAAAGUUGAACCAAUAACCCCAAAGAAAGUGCAAGACGAGACCUGCUUAAAAGACCACCAUGUAUUUGACUUUGUACCGGUGGAGGAAGAGAGCCCAUUGGCGACGUUUGAAAAAGCUCUGAGCGAAUACAAGAAGAAACCGUACAUGCGUCUUCCAGCCACCGCUUACUUGGAGGAGAGGUUCACCGUUAUGCCCAAGCGGCGAAAAGAUAUGUCCAUGUUCUUUGGAUCGUCGCAGAAAGUCCCCAAGACGCCCGAGGCCACAGCACAGGCCUCCCAGCAACGACAGCGAUGUGCCAACUGCUUCACCACGUUCAGCAGCGACCAGGAGCUGCAGUGGCAUCUCCAGCAGAAGUGCGCCAACCUCUUUGGGUUCGACUCUGAUGACGAGGGCACCAGUUGAAUGUCUUCUGAAAUCUGGAUCCAAAGGAACUUCCUCUUUGCAUGGCGGAUUUAGCCUUCCGGACUGAACUCUUCCUUGGGAUAAUGUUGGUAACUGUGUCUUUAAACUGAAAAAGGCAGAAGAGACUGCUAAAGUUUGAAUUUUCUGCUGCAGUUUUUGAUUUGCAGCCUGAGACAAUAAUGAGCCGCUCUGUGAGAGACUACUGAACAGUGCUGAAGUGCCUGCUCUGGACGUGUGUCUAGCAGCUUCACAGGGAUUCUUCAUGAAGUGUUGUGGCUUUAAAUUGGACUAAAGCUGUGAAACUAGACUCAGACUGCUCCUCGAUCACUGGGAUUUCUAUUUUUGCAUCUGUAAGCCAUAAAAUAAUUCUAUAUUUUUGCUUUUUUGCACUUGUUCAGUUCCUGCUUAUAACAUCUCUAGCCUUUUAUGCAUGCUCAUGUUAUUUAAAAAGCUCACAGUAUUUAGGCUCAAAGUCUAAACUUCAUGUGGCUCCAGGAUCAUGGCAUCUUCUUUAUGAAGGUUUUCUCAUACAUGUUUUAUUAAAAACUAACUGUAUUUUUGCAGCUGUGCUUGGUUUAAAGCGUUUUAGUCAUUAUGCCCAGUAGAGGGCAGACUUCCCAUUGUUGAGAGCAUAUUAGUCACUGCUGGCUUUUUUAUCAGGUACAUUUUUUGAUAUGUCAUGUAUUUAUUACUGUAUUCAUCAUUCAUCAUUUAUUAUUCAUUCUUAUUCUUACUUUGGCAAUAACCAUCAUCUCUGUGUUCCUUGUUCUUGCUCAUAUUUUUAUAACAUUGGAGCCGUUGCAGUUGUAAAUACGUUUUAUCUCGACUGACUUGUCUAUAACAUAGCAUCAAAUGAUUUACAGAAUCGGCCAGCUUAAGGCGCCAUAUUUUGUAAGUAUUACUGGGCCACAUCAUUCUAUUUAUUUAUGUUUUAUUUUCUAUCUUUUGUAAAUAUUUGAAGAGUUUCAAUAGCUUGCACUGUAAAGGGUGUUGGCAUUGGGUUUAUAUUUUGGUCUUAAAAUCUAAAAAUAAAAUCUCUUACACAAAC